AUGCAAAACAACAAAGACUGCACCAAUAACUCCAGCAUCAGUAUAACCACAUCAAACUCCAGUGAUGACUUGAAAGUCUGUGGAUCGAACCUGGCAGGCCAACUGAUCAGUGACAACACGACCUACAUUUUGAUUAUCGUUUUCCAGGUAUCCUUUACCGGAGUCCUAGCCGUUGGUGGUAUUAUCACCAACACGAUCAACAUCGUCGUCUUCUUCAAGACCGGAUUGUCUGAUUCCGUCAAUAUAAGUCUCUUUGGAUUAGCAGUCGGUGACUUGUGCUCUCUGAUAUUUUCAUUUUGGGAAAGUGUUUGUUUUAAUCCACUUUUCCACAAUAUUGGAGCACCCGUGGUUUUUACGGAGAUUGAAUACAUCACCGGUUGUUGGCCGCAUGUUUGUUUUGUGCGAGUGACUAGUUACAUAACAGCUUUCGUUACUUUUGAACGGUGUCUGUGUAUAGCAUUGCCUUUGAAAGUGAAGAGCAUUGUCACGGCGGGCAGGACCAAAGGAAUCAUCAUUGUCAUAUUUUUAAUUGUCAUGAUAACGUCUAUACCAGAGUAUUACGUCAGCCGGCUGGUCUACAAGUUCUACCCGGAGAAGAAUCGAACUCUGUUGGGAAUCUAUUUCAUCGAAGACCGGGCGAGGUUUGAGAAGGUCACUCUGAUACUGAACAAUGUUGUGCUUCAGUGCUUGGCUUUUAUCGCUGUUCUUGUCUGCACGGUCAUACUUAUCGUGCAGCUCAACCGGAAAGCCAAAUGGCGUAAACAUGCAGCAAAGGUGGAGAAAUCCACACUUGGAAAAGAUAAAAAAGUUAUCAAAAUGAUCAGCUUCGUUUCAGUGGUCUUUAUAGUGAGUAAUCUCCCGUCCUGUUUGGUUUUUGUAUCUAUGACCUCCUUCCCUCAGUUGCAUCCCACUGGGGUUAACCGCAAUAUGUUCUACGUGGUCUGGUCUGUGGUCUACGUAAUGGAGUCUAUUAACUCAAUGGUCAACAUUUUCAUUUAUAUCAACAUGAGUUCUAAAUACAGCGCCAUAUUUUAUAAAAUGUUCUCAUGUCGUCAAGUGGUUGUAUCAAACACGGCUAGAUCUGAACACGAAAUUUCAUACAUUGUAUCGUACUAA